AUGAUGUCGUCGGAGGAGGACGUGUUCGUUGGCGCCAUCGACCAGGGUACGAGCAGCAGCAGGUUCAUAAUCUACGAUGGGACGAGUAAGGUAAUCGGGUUGCACCAUGUGGAGUUCACACAGUUCUACCCGGAAGCGGGGUGGGUGGAGCACGACCCGAUGGAGAUCUUGGAGAGUGUCAAGGUGUGCGUGGCCAAGGCCGUCGACAAGGCCACCGCCGAUGGCUUCAACGUCGACAAGGGACUCAAGGCCAUCGGUCUCACCAAUCAGAGAGAAACCACUCUCGUCUGGAGCAAAUCCACUGGUCUCCCUCUCUAUAACGCCAUCGUUUGGAUGGAUGUUCGCACUUCUUCCAUUUGCAGGAGACUGGAAAAGGAUUUAUCCGGUGGUAGAAACCAUUUUGUGGAGAGAAGUGGCUUGCCUAUUAGCUCAUACUUUAGUGCAUUGAAGCUGCUGUGGCUGAUGGAAAAUGUGGAUGAUGUGAAGGAGGCUAUAAAGAAUAAGGAUGCGCUGUUUGGAACUAUAGACACUUGGCUGAUAUGGAAUUUAACUGGUGGGGUGAAGGGGGGAUUGCAUGUUACUGAUGUUUCAAACGCAUCUCGGACAUUGCUAAUGAAUCUAAAAACCCUUGAGUGGGACGAAUCUACCUUACAAACCCUUCAAAUUCCGGCUGAAAUUUUGCCUAAGAUUGUUAGCAAUUCUGAAGUUAUAGGAGAGAUUGGAGCUGGGUGGCCAAUUGCUGGUAUCCCUAUUGCGGGAUGUUUAGGGGAUCAACAUGCGGCAAUGUUAGGACAAGUAUGCCGUAAGGGGGAGGCUAAAAGCACUUAUGGCACAGGUGCUUUCAUACUACUAAAUACUGGUGAAGGGAUAGUUCGGUCGUCACAUGGUCUUCUCUCCACUAUAGCCUUCAAGCUUGGCCCCAAAGCUCCAACAAAUUAUGCAUUGGAAGGGUCAGUUGCUAUUGCUGGAGCUGCAGUGCAGUGGCUUAGAGACAGUCUUGGCAUCAUUUCUAGUGCUUCAGACAUAGAGAAACUGGCAUUAGAGGUUGAAUCCAGUGGUGGGAUUUACUUUGUUCCUGCUUUUAAUGGAUUGUUUGCUCCAUGGUGGCGUGAGGAUGCUCGCGGUGUUAUUGUUGGAAUAACAAGGUUUACAAGCAAGGCUCACAUUGCUCGAGCCGUGCUUGAGAGCAUGUGUUUCCAAGUAAAAGAUGUCUUGGAUUCAAUGCAUAAAGAUUCAGAACAAGAAGAGUCCUUAAAAAAAGAAUUUUUGCUUAGAGUGGAUGGUGGGGCAACUGUUAACAACCUGUUGAUGCAGAUUCAGGCAGAUUUAAUGGGAGGUCCAGUAAUUAGACCUGCUGACAUAGAGACAACAGCCCUUGGAGCAGCCUUUGCUGCAGGAUUGGCUACUGGGGUUUGGAAAGAAGAAGAUGUUUUCAAUACUGGGGCGAAGAUGAAGAAUGCUACAAUUUUCCGUCCCAUGAUGGCUGAGGAAGUAAGGAAAAAGAAAGUUGAAUCUUGGUGCAAAGCUGUUAGUAAAACUUUUGACUUAGCUGAUCUUGCUUUUUGA